AUGGCUGCCAACCGUGGCGAGAUUGCCAUCCGCAUUUUUCGCGCAGCCACCGAACUCGACAUGAACACCGUCGCCGUCUACAGCAAAGAAGAUAUCCGUGCCGUGCACCGUUACAAGGCUGACGAGGCGUAUCUGAUUGCCCCUGAAAAGGGCCCCGUCGCUGCCUAUCUCUCGAUCCCUGACCUUAUUCGCAUCGCCAUUGACAACAAGGUGGACGCCAUUCACCCAGGCUACGGCUUUCUUAGCGAGUCGGUUGAACUCAGCCGUGCUUGCGAAGAAGCUGGCAUUGUUUUCGUCGGUCCCAAUAGCAAGCAACUGUCCCGCUUUGGUGAUAAAACCCAGGCCCGUGCCCUGGCGCUCGAACAUGGUCUCCCCGUCGUCCCCGGCACCGAUGCCGUGCAAAGCGUUGAAGAAGCUCGUGAAUUUGUGGAAGGACCCAAUGGCUGUAACUACCCCGUCAUUGUCAAGGCGUCCAUGGGUGGUGGCGGACGUGGCAUGCGCAUCGUGCACAAGCCCGAACAACUCGAGGAAGCCAUCAACCGCUGCCGCUCCGAAGCGCUCGCCGCUUUUGGUGAUGGUGCUGUGUUUGUCGAGCGCUUUGUGCCCCGCCCCCGCCACAUUGAGGUCCAGAUCGUCGGUGAUGGCACCGAUGUCGUGCACCUUUUCGAACGCGAUUGCUCAGUCCAGCGUCGUCACCAAAAGGUGGUUGAGAUCGCCCCUGCCCCAAAGUUGCCCGAGGAUGUUCGCAUGAACAUUUGCAACGACGCCGUGCGUUUGGCCAAAGCCAUCAACUAUUCCAAUGCUGGCACUGUUGAAUUUCUCUUGGACCCGGAAACGAACCAGCAUUACUUUAUGGAAGUCAACCCCCGAAUUCAAGUGGAACACACCGUCACUGAGCAGGUCACGGGCAUCGAUUUGGUUCAAACUCAGUUGCGCAUUGCCAGUGGCGCCUCAUUGGCAGAUCUGGGCCUCAAGCAAGAGAACCUGUCCACGCGUGGCUAUGCCAUUCAGUGCCGCAUCACCACAGAGGACCCCCUCAACGAUUUUGCCCCUGAUACUGGACGCAUUGACGUCUGGCGUCCUGCUGGUGGCUUUGGCAUCCGACUUGAUAGUGGCUCGCUUCACCCGGGGGCUCGCGUCCUGCCCUACUACGAUUCCAUGCUGAUGAAGGUGACGGCUACGUCCGCGACCCUGGACGAUGCCUCGCGCAAAGUCCGACGCGCAUUGGUCGAGUCGCGUAUUCGUGGCGUCAAGACAAACAUUCCCUUUCUGCUCAACGUGCUGCGCCAUCCCGUCUUCGUUGCCGGUGACUGCACCACCCGCUUCAUCGAGGAGAAUCCUGAACUCAUGGAGUUCCCCCACCGCCGCAACCGCGCUAACAAGCUUCUCCGCUAUUUGGCCGACAGUAUCGUCAACGGCACCUCUGUGGUCGGCGCGCAAGGCGAGCCCGCCCCCGUUCAGGUCAUCAUGCCCGAAAAGCUGCCCAACAAGUCGAGCAACAAAGGCUUCAAAAACAUUCUCGAUCGCCAAGGCCCUGAAGCUUUUGCAAAGGCAGUCCGAGACCACGAAGGCGCCCUCCUUAUGGACACGACCUGGCGCGAUGCCCACCAAUCCCUGCUGGCCACACGCGUGCGCACCAAUGAUAUUCUCAAAAUUGCGCCACACACGUCUCAGGCCUUUCAAAACAUGUAUUCGCUGGAGAACUGGGGUGGUGCAACGUUUGAUGUUGCGCUGCGUUUCCUGCACGAGUGCCCCUGGGAGCGUUUGGAGCACAUGCGUGAGCUUGUGCCGAACAUCCCAUUCCAGAUGCUGCUGCGCGGCGCCAACGCCGUGGGCUACACCGCGUAUGCCGACAAUGUCAUUUACAAGUUUUGCGAAACGGCUCACAAAUAUGGCAUGGACGUUUUCCGCGUUUUUGACAGCUUGAACUACAUGGACAACCUGCUGCUCGGCAUCGACGCUGCCGGCGCUGCGGGUGGCGUGGUUGAAGCAGCCAUCUGCUACACUGGUGACGUCUCAGAUCCCAAGAAGGACAAGUACAACCUGGACUACUACCUUGAACUCGCUCGCCGCUUGAGCGAUGCCAAUGUGCAUGUGCUCUGCAUCAAGGACAUGGCUGGUCUUCUCAAGCCCAAGGCGACCAAAACGCUCAUCUCUGCGCUGCGUCGUGAGCACCCCACAAUGCCCAUCCACGUGCACACCCACGACACUUCAGGUCUUGGCGUGGCUUCCAUGAUUGCGGCCUUGGAUGCUGGAGCAGAUGUGGUGGAUGCCUGCGUUGACAGCAUGUCUGGAAUGACAUCUCAGCCCAGCAUGGGCGCCAUUGCCAGCCAUUUUGCCGGUACUCAAAAGGACUGCGGCGUCGAUCUGGAUCACCUCCGCGAAAUCAACGAGUACUGGGAGAGCAUCCGUGGGCUUUACGCUCCCUUUGAAUCUGGACAAAAGAGCGGUAGCUUUGACGUUUUUGAGCACGAGAUUCCCGGCGGCCAAUACACAAACCUGCAUUUCCAGGCCAACUCCCUGGGCCUGGCCAGUCAAUGGCGUUCCAUCAAGCUGGCUUACAAGGCCGCCAACCGACUCUGCGGUGACAUUAUCAAGGUCACGCCCAGCAGCAAGGUUGUGGGCGACUUGGCGCAAUUUAUGGUACAGAACCACUUGAGCGAGGAAGACGUGCGUGAGCGUGCCGAGACCUUGUCUUUCCCCCGAUCUGUCGUCGAGUAUUUCCAAGGCUAUCUCGGCACGCCCAAGGGCGGCUUCCCCGAACCUCUUCGCUCCAAGAUCACCCGCGGUCAGGGCCACAUCGAGGGCCGUCCUGGUGCUGGCAUGGAACCCAUGGACCUGGAUGCCCUGCGCGUGGAACUGCAUCGCAAACACUCGGAAGAGAGCGUGCAGCAUUUGGAUCACCUGGCCCAUGAACAUAUUUCCGAUGGAUUUGGCCAAGUGUCGCGAUUGGGCACCAAAGAAUUCUUGGCCCCCAUGAAGCCUGGAGAAGAAGUCACUGUUGACCUGGAGAAUGGCAAGACUCUGUUGGUCAAGUAUUUGGCGACGGGUGAUCUGAACGAAGAGGGCGAGCGCCAGGUCUUCUUUGACGUGAACGGCAUGCCACGCUCCAUUUUCGUCCCUGAUCGCAAGAGCUCGGCAGCUGCUGAACUGGUGGCUCGUCCCAAGGCCAAGAAGCACGAUCCUGGCCAUCUUGGCGCACCAAUGCCCGGAGCUGUGGUGGGUGUCAAUGUUCGGGUUGGUGAUGUUGUCAAGGCCAACCAAUCGUUGGUCGUACUCAAUGCCAUGAAAAUGGAGACGAGUGUCGCGGCCCCUUUUGCCGGCGUUGUGCGGGAGGUUCAUGUGGCCAGCGGCGAUACGGUAUCUGGCCAGGACUUGCUCGUUGUGAUUGAGAAAACGGACGAGUAG